CAAUCGUCGCGUGUGUGCUGUCCGGGUGAGAGAGCGGCCAUCAGACAGCAGUGACGCGGCGUCACCCGGGAGAAGGGACCUGCAGGUGAGCAGGGCGACAGGUCCACGAUUCUGCUGACACUACUGAGUGGUCGUUCUCUAUUGCCGUUUGCCAGCCUCUGUCUGUCCGCGUGGCCCCUGUUUCCGCUGGUCACUCGCCUGACAGCGCGCAGCUUGAUUCGCUCUCGUGCUUUGACGCGGGGCAGCUUCAGCCUGUGUGUAUAGGUACUUUCCUACGCGCACGACGGAGGGCACGAUGGAGCCAUAUUGCAUUCUGUGCGGCUCCCCAUCCGAUGUGUCGUGCGGCUCCCGGACAACUUCUACACGGUUAUGAAGUAGGCUGGGGGGGGCCUUGCGAACGGGGUCAAGUGGGAGAGAACGAGGCCAGGCGAAUCGCCGAGGGCGCGCUGAAAGGGCUCAAUCUGCUGCACACACGCGGGGUACGUUCGUGUGGAUGGAUGGAGGCGUGUGGGUGGACGGGACACACACGUGUGGGCGCGUGUGUGUGUGUGUGCAGAUCACCCAUGGGGACGUUUCGCUGAGGAACAUUAUGAAGGAUAGACUACGAUAAUAUCCUCACCCCCGACAGCCCAAAGCUCACAUAGCUCGCCGGCACCCCAAAGUUCCU